AGACACUCAAACUCAAGAUGUUCCGCGCAACUCGAUGUCUGCGACUUCCACUCAGAAACUCGCAUAUUAAUAUUCUCCGCCCAACACAGACGGAACUUAUUAAAACGAGAUCAUCAGCAUUGGCACCAUACGAGAAAGUAAGCCCAAUCACAGCAGUAGGAGCAACUCCAGUUGGAGUUGGAAAUGGAAAUUACUGUUACAGCACAAAGACAAGGCAGAAGCAUCCACUCAUCAACACGAGAAAUGACUUGAAAAAAGCGCAAAGAGUUGUUGUGAAGCUCGGAAGUGCAGUGAUCACACGUGAGGACGAGUGUGGUCUCGCACUUGGACGAUUGGCUUCAAUUGUUGAACAGGUUUCCGAGCUCCAACAGUCUGGAAGACAGAUGCUUAUUGUGUCAUCAGGUGCUGUGGCAUUCGGAAGACAAAAACUUCGGCAAGAACUUGUAAUGAGCAUGAGCAUGCGACAAACUCUCAGAGGUCCAUCUGGAAUGACUGCUGAUAAAAGAGCGUGUGCAGCAUCUGGAAUGCCGGGACUCAUGUCUCUUUAUGAACAACUUUUCCAACAAUACGGUAUUACUGUAGCACAAGUCUUAUUGACCAAGCCAGACAUCGAUGAUGAUCAAAGAAGAAAGAAUCUACAGGCUACAAUUGAAAGCCUUCUUUCACUCAACAUUAUCCCAAUUGUCAACGCAAAUGACGCAGUGGCACCAGAUCCAAAGUUGAAUAUGCAUAUUUCCGACAAUGACUCACUUGCUGCGAGGCUUUCCGCUGAAAUUGAAGCAGAGCUACUUAUAAUUUUAUCGAACGUCAAUGGAGUUUAUACUGGACCACCAGAUCUCGAAGGAUCUAGACUUCUCUACACAUACGUUCCAUCUGAAAACUCGGGGGUCACGUUUGGAGCAAACAGCAAAUUUGGAACAGGAGGAAUGGAGAGCAAGGUUACGGCCUGUGUAAACGCUCUUAACAACGGAGUUACCACAGUUAUUACAAAUGGGCUCGCGCAAGAUGCUAUCACCGAUGCUGUGGCGGGAAAGAAGAUCGGAACCAUGUUCUGCAACACCAAGGGGUAUGAAGGACCACCAAUCGAGGAGGUCGCAGAGAAAUGCCGCGACGCUGGUCGUCAACUAGCUGCUCUUUCCAACAAAGAACGUGGUGCAAUGGUUCGCCACCUCGCUGCUCUCCUGGUUGACAAGGAAAAAUAUAUCAUCGAAGCUAAUCAAACUGAUCUUGCCAAUGCCAAAUCUGCUGGACUCGAUCCACAACUCCUGAAUAGAUUGAAAAUGACACCAGAGAAGAUUCAAGACUUGCAUGCUGGCCUUAAUACAAUUGCCGACUCCGCAGAGACACUUGUUGGAAGAGUUCUCAAGAAGGUCAAAAUUUCUGAGGGCCUAUUUCUAGAGCAGGUCACUGUUCCAAUCGGUAGCCUAAUGGUUAUUUUCGAAUCACGCCCGGAUUGUCUUCCACAAGUCGCUUCACUUGCUAUGGCUUCAGGAAAUGCACUUCUUCUUAAGGGAGGAAAAGAAGCUGAAGAAAGCAACAAAGCAUUGCAUGCUCUUGUUCAGGAAGCUCUUGGAACACAUGGAUUUGAAAUGAGGGACGCGGUUACUUUGGUCAGAUCAAGAGAAGAUGUGGCGGAUUUGCUUCAGCUCAAGGAUCUUAUCGACUUGAUCAUUCCAAGAGGAUCAUCCGACUUGGUGCGUUCAAUGCAAGAAAAAAGCAAGGGAAUUCCAGUGUUGGGUCACGCCGAAGGUGUUUGCCACGUUUACAUUGACAAGGACUGUGACGAGCAGAAGGCCAUUCAAAUUGUUCGCGACUCGAAAUGCGAUUAUCCAUCAGCGUGCAAUGCAGCUGAAACUAUUUUGAUUCAUAAGGAUCUUGCAACCGCGCCGUUCUUUGAUUCUUUGUGCUCAAUGUUUAAGGCAGAAGGAGUAAAGCUUCAUGCCGGACCAAAACUUGCAGCUCUUCUGAAAUUUGCCCCACCACCGGCAGAGAGCAUGUCAUUCGAGUAUGGAUCAUUGGAGUGUACGCUCGAAGUUGUUGACAAUGUUGAAGAGGCGGUUGCGCAUAUUAUCCGUUACGGAUCCGGUCAUACUGAAUCUAUUAUCACAGAGAACACCAACACAGCCGAACACUUCCUGAAACACGUAGACAGUGCGUGUGCAUUCCAUAAUGCCUCCACUAGAUUUGCUGACGGGUACAGAUUUGGUCUUGGAGCAGAAGUUGGAAUUUCUACUGGAAGAAUUCAUGCUCGUGGACCAGUUGGAGUUGAAGGACUUUUGACCACCAAAUGGUUGUUGAGAGGAGAAGGACAUUUGGUUGAAGACUUCAAAAAUGGAAAAUACUCUUACCUUCACGAGAAUCUCAACCCAAGCGAAGUUUAUAGAGCAUUGGAUGCUGCUGGAGAAUUGAAGAAAGCUACCGCAUAAGCUAUUGUUUUUUCAGAACUUAUUACACGAAAACGUUUAACUUAUUAAUAACUGGUUGUGGGACUCAUUUUGUUUGUAUGUACGUGCCUUUCAAAGUAUAGAACAAGGAAGUAAUAUAUAUUUUAUUCAAUAAAUUUUUCAUGAAAUA